CCGGCUGUCCGUUCCCGCGCUCGGUUACUCGCCCUCUUGUCUCACCUGCAACCAUGUCUGCACGAUUUUUGUUGGCAGUCGCAUGCCUGUCUGUGUUGGCGUCGCUCGCGCUGGCCGGCGGCCACGGCGGCGGCCACAAGAAGGUGGUCAUCCACGUGCCUCUGUUCGUGAAGCACCACCACCAUAAACACACCAUCGUCAAGCACGUGCACCACAAGAGCGGCGGCGGCGGCGGCGACGACCACUACGAGGUGCUUGGGUACACCUACGGGGAGCCUAAGGCGGCGCCGCACUUUGGCGGAGGAGGACACGGCCACGGCUGGGGCGCGGCAGACGAAGGCCACGGCGGGUCCUACGGGGACUCCCCCGUGAGCUUCGAAGGUGGCCAUGCCGACUACGGCCUGUCUUCCGCCGGCGAGGAGGGCUACUCCUCUGAGGGUGGAUACUAACCUCCACAAAACCUCCCACGCUACUCAACUACCUGCCUCAAGAAAGCGUGAAGUCAACUCGCUAUACUCACUAAACAGCUUCACUUAACUAAGGGUAUUUAUAAAACAGUAUUGCAUCUCUCAUCGUUCACACGUGAUUGUUAGAUCGUAUCUUUUAGUAGUCUACUAAAGACUCGUCAGUAUGAAUUAAUUAUCCAAAGUGAAGAAAAAUGUAAUGCUUUCAUUCACGAUGUUACUCAUUGAUAUGAAAACAAUGCUUUGUUCUAUGAGUAGGUCUGAGUCAGUUCCUUUUUAAGUGUUUUACGUAAUAAUGACAAGUUAAGUACUUGUUGAAGUACAUUGUACAUUGUUAGUAUGCUGAAUACUCGCUUUCCAGUUAAUUUAAAGGUUUUUUAAUGUUGUGAUCGUUGUUGUUAUUUGUAAAUAGUCGGAAAAUUACCUAUUUUAUUGUUAUAUAGCAUAAGACUGUUGUUGUGAAUGUUUUCCCGGUUUAAGCGGGUGUUGUUAAUUAUUUGUAAUAUUAUA